CCGUGCUUCACUUUCUUGAUGGCGGAAUAUGUAUAUGAAUCAGACAAAUAGAUGAAAUAGAUGAUAGAUAGUUGUUCUUGCACUGCAAAGUCAAAGUGUUACUCUUACCUUUACGAGAAAGAAAUAAAGUACGUUACCAAGAAUGGCGCCACCGACGCUCUCGUUCUACCGCUCCCUCGCGAAACUGGCGGUGCAGAUUUUUGCAGAUUUCUUGCCGGAAAAUGUGCCCAUGGAUGCUGCAUACGUGUACACGGAGACGCCGGAUAACGAGCCGCCGGGCUUGCAGGGCGCAGCAAAAUUGCUGCGAGAGCGGACCGAAAUUCCGCUUCUGUUGCUCUACGGCGGGGAGCAGGAAUGCGGCGGCACCCGCCCGGGCAACGUCACCGUGUUCCAUGGGUUCACCGGGACGAGGCGAAAUUUGUUGGCGGAAAUAGCACGGGUGGAAGGCGAGAGCAGAGAAAACCAAAACGGCAAAAGCGGCCACACCAAGCUCGGCGUGGCUAGUAGCGUAACACAGAAUCACUUGUCAAAGAGUGGCCCGACUUCAAGGCCGGAGGAAGAAAACGGCAUACUAUCGCGGACCUCGAUUUUGCCCUGGCCUUUCAGGUGUGGCGCUGACAACAUGACGCACACUCUGAAUGAGGCACGAGAACUACUGACAAACAUUCAGACAUGGAACAGUUUACUGGGCGACCAUCCGCGGCCUGGGCCAUCAUGCAGCGAGGUGCAAGAACGAGGAGAGCGGGACGAUGGGAAGCAGGGUAAAUGUUCCGUUGCCAGCACCACUCGCCCAGCAAUAUCUCGUAAAGAAACUGAGAAAGAUUUCGCGUGGCGGAAGGGAAAACUCGUGGAGCUGCUGGAAAGAACCCGACAUCGAUCUAGUACUAGUACUGCGAGUAGAAGUUCUCCUCAGAUAUCUCGGGAAAUCCGCAACUUGGUCAUUAUCGCACCGACAAUCCACCUACUUCGGGCCUUUGUCACCACGGUGUCAGUGUUAAUCGAGAAAAAUAUGACGGACAGCGUGAACGUCUUUGCCUACCCGGGCACGGCAACAGACUGGGAAGGCAGCGUGGUGCAUUCACAGGGAAUCACGACCGGCACACGCUCGGCGUUGCUGGACGGUGAGUUGGAUCGCAUUGCUCGCUACCACGAAAAAGGGGAUUUGGUAGAUCCGAACGCGGUGCUUGAAUAUCUACAAAUGAGUAGGAGCCGCUUGUAGUCACUUGGCUGACAAAAAAGCGACUUCUGGGUGAUCUCCCACCGUUUCUAUAAUUUCACUCGA